GCUGGACAGAGUCAAAGAAAAAGCUGCCAUGGCAACACCAGCGCUUGAGGCUUGAAGAGGGAGGUGAGCUGAAAGAGGUAUGAUUUUUCUUAUGGAAGGAUAUUCAGUUAUUUUAUGAUGGCAUUUGCACCUCCAAAAUGCAUAGAUGGUCCCAAAAUGCAGACAAAGAUGAGUACCUGGACACCCCUAAACCAUCAGCUUUUGAAUGAUCGGGUAUUUGAAGAAAGAAGAGCUCUGCUUGGAAAAUGGUUUGACAAAUGGACAGACUCUCAACGGAGAAGAAUCUUGACAGGCUUGUUAGAACGUUGCUCCUUGUCACAGCAAAAGUUCUGCUGUCAAAAGCUUCAGGAAAAAAUUCCAGCAGAAGCUCUGGAUUUUACUACCAAGCUUCCAAGGGUGUUAUCUUUAUACAUCUUUUCUUUCCUGGACCCCCGAAGCCUUUGUCGUUGUGCACAGGUGAGCUGGCAUUGGAAGAACUUAACAGAGUUGGAUCAGCUCUGGAUGCUCAAAUGUUUACGAUUUAACUGGUACAUCAAUUUUUCUCCAACUCCCUUUGAGCAGGGUAUAUGGAAGAAGCACUACAUUCAAAUGGUAAAAGAACUUCAUGUUACCAAGCCUAAGACACCUCCAAAAGAUGGGUUUGCCAUUGCCAAUGUUCAACCAGUUACAAGCAGGUCUCCAGGGGAAAAGCAGUCUCCUGCAUCAGCUUUUCGGUCCUCUUCCUCUUUGAGGAAGAAGACUCACGCAGCGGAGAAAGAACUCCCACCCUGGCGAUCCUCUGAUAAGCAUCCAACUGAUAUCAUUCGCUUCAAUUAUCUGGACAACUGUGACCCCAUUGAGCAAAUCUGGCAAGGGAGGAGGAAAAGACAUGAAAUGAACCCAGAUUCCAGUCGACAGUCACGUGAUAAGAAAAAUAAAUUGCAGGACAGAUCUAGGCUAAGAAAAGCGCAGUCACUGAUAUCCCUAAGUGCAGAACCCAGCGCCCCUCUACAAGUUCCCACUCAUCUUGCUUGGUCUCCUCAUUGGUGGGCAGGGCUCCCAGCCACCGAAGCAGCAACGAAAAUCCUCACGCAGCAUCUUCAGAGGCACUCUGGACUUCAGGCUUUACCCAGCUAGGCUCCUGAUCCGAAGUCAAUUUAGAUAUGUGAAAGGAUUUUGAUAGAAUGACAAGGUGUUCUACACACUGGAGAGUUGGGUGUUACUUGAGUCCUCUAUUAGAAACUUUCAGCUUAGGUACCUACUUGGCAAAGGGAGUUCUCAGUAUCUCUAUAAAAGGUAUUCAUGGCAUAAGUGCUGAUAUAGUUACAAACCUAGAUACAAAUGUGAGGAUAGAUACCAUGGGAUUGAUAAAGGGACAUAGAAUAGCUACAGUGGUAAAUAUUGGGUAUAUGGGGCAGGGUCCCAGAAGGAUACAGACAGCAUACUCCCAAGGCUACCUGAGCAGUUUAAUGAAGGGGCUGUUUCCCAUGGUGUCUCACUGGCUAGGGCUGCCAUCACAAAAUACCACUGUCUUCAUCUGUUCCAGCUGCUAUAACAAAAAUACCAUAGAUGGGUAGCUUAUAAACAACAUACAUUUAUUUUCUCACAGUUCUAGAGGCUGGGAGCUCUAAAAUCAAGAUGUCAGCAGGAUUGGUUACUUCUGAGGCCUCUCUCCUUGGCUUGUGAGUGGCCACCUUCUCCUUGUGUCUUCAUAUGGUCUUCUUCUGGGCAGGUCUGUGUCCUAAUCUCCCCUUUACUAUAAGGAUACAAGUCAGAAUUGAUUAGGGCCUGCCCAUAUGACCUCAUUUAACCUUAAUUACCUAUUUGAAGACUUCAUCUCCAAAGAUAGUCACAUUCUGAGGUCCUGGGGGUUAAGACUUCAAUAUAGGAGUUUUGAUGGGGGGUGGAGGCUAAGGGGGUGGGACACAAUUCAGCCCAUAACAACACUGUAGGGAGAAGUAAGAGAAUCAAGAUGAGAUGGUGAAGCACCUAGGAACUAGCAACAGUGGAAGGAAGCCUCUGUCAUCCUGUGGCCUGAAGAGGCAAGACAAGAGGGAAAAGGCCUGUUGUUCCUAGAACCCAUGAGAGCUGUAGCCAUAGGAGAAGGGCCGCCCAGUGAGAUAUAUACUUUAUGAUGGAGGAACACGGUCACCGUUAAAAACAAGGCCUAGCAGGGAAGGGAGAGGGAGAAGUCCCAACCCCUCUCUCCCUACCCCUUGACACUCCAAUAGCACUUGCCUCUCAUCCAGAAGUCAGAGCACAAAGAAGCCUGGGGAGAAAUGUGUCUAGGUGUGGUGGAAGGGGUAUUAUAUGGGUGAGACAGUGAGGAAUAACUAGCACAAUGGGGCGAAAUGUAAAAAUUUCUGAAGAAGGAAUUAUAAUUGAUAUUCAAGCAAUGUAAAUGGGCUUCAAAGGGUAAUUGGAAAACAGAAAUUGUUACUUAGCUGCAAAAAUAUUAGUUAUAUGUUCUAAACUAAACCACCUACUCAUGUAACCAUUUCAAGGUCCCAGAAGUUACCAUUCUAGGAUACUUACUUACCUAGUUAAGUAUAAUGAUAGAAAAUCAAAUGUUUGUCAAUCAUGUAAUGUUGAACACUCAUGUUCUUAUAUUACAUACUGAUACACACACACACACACACACACACGCUUGUUUUUGAAUGGUUCAAAAUUAUGGCCUGGAAGGAUGGCCCAGGAUACAGUGGUUUGGAUGCCCAAAUGAUUGGUAUAGGGCAAAACAUGCCCAACUUACAAUUGAUUAGUUUACACCACCCAAGGUGAUAUUAAACAUGACACUGAGGCAGAGAAGAAAAAAUAUAUAUACCUGGGAUGAGACCUGGUAUUCCUCCCAUGGGCAAAGCCGAUGACUAUUAGUUAAGAUUACUUCUUCAUGAAGGCUGAGCCCUCAUGGUCAGCUCCCAGGAGUCAGGGGCAGCUGGGUAGCUGGGAGGCCUACAGCUCCAGGAUUCUGCACUGCUUUGUCCCAGUGAGCCCCCUGGAUUAUGUCAGGAUCCAGUCACAUCGUGGGCAUAAAUUUGAAUGGGCCAGU